GCUAAGCGACAUGCAUUUGUCCAUCAUAGGAGCUGAAUCCCGACAGGCUCCUUCUGACUAACAACAGCAGUCUUAUAUCACAAUCCGCACGGGCUGCAUUGGGCCGAUCAUAUCUUUUUGUAUUCUAUGUUCCACACGCUGGUUUAUGUGACAUUCCGGUCCGAAUGACGACCAUCUUAUAAUGUCUACAUUCCCUCACGAUCGCAUCCGUAGUCCCGCUGGCCAACCUAUGGAUAUCAUUAGAAGGAAGCAACAAUCUCAGCAACCACGCCAACUCCUAUCUUGCACCAAAUGUCGCGAACGAAAGGUCAAAUGCGAUCGUACCAAACCCUGUUCAGCCUGCUGCGCACGAGGAGCACCUAAAGAAUGCCAUUUUGUCGCAGAAGGGGGCGAUUACGCGCCAAUCCAACAGUCUUAUGAGCUACGCAAACUCCGUGCGGAGAACCUACGACUGAAAGAAAGAUUACGAGCAAGCAGAACUUCAAUUGAGGACGAUGAGUCCGAUCAAUCCUCAGGAUCCCAGCCGGGUGAUACAUCUAGAGCAUCUUCAAUCAAAAAGCGCACAGCACGUCAGAAGCGAUUUCAAGGCUCUGAGUGGUCUGACUCCAUAUAUUUUGGCUCUCCUGGUCUCGCAAAUAUCAUAACAGACUUCGCGACUGUCAAUUUACGACCUUGCAAUGUACAGUCAUUGGCGCACCACAUGCCUCGAGGUCCAGAUAUCUUCGCACCAAAGUCAUCCUCUGCUUACCCGUUUGCCACGUUAUUCCCUGCCACCCCAGAGGAAUGUAUUCCUCAGCUCUUGGAUAUUUUGCCUUGUCGGAAGGAGCUUCUGGAAUACUUAGCCGCUUUUGAAAAGCGGGUUUACAUCUGCGCUUUCCCUCAUUUCCCUUUUGAGCUGACUAAGAGCGAGAUUGAGCGAUUCCUCUCAAAUCCGGAGAGAAACGCUAGGAUGUGUCCCGACAUGCUUGCGCUGAUCUUUGCUGCGAUCGCACUAGGCUCGCAACACUCUGUUUGGGACAAGUCCGGUGAGCAAUGGAAGAAUGAACUGAUCGACACGGAAGCACAGAGAGGAAACGUCUACAUUGCAGCUUCAAUGCAAGCCCUCCGGAUCUCAUCGUUCAUGCACAAACCUUCACUGUUAGCCAUAGAAUCUCUUCUCAUGAUAGGACCGUUUCUUUCCAACUCUGGCCGCUUCCUGGACGCGUGGACGCUUUUUGGCACCACCAUUCGACUGGCCCAAGCAAUCGGUCUCCACCGCCAUCCGAAGUAUCUGGACCCGGCUCCACCCACUCAACGUGAAUGUUCAAUUCGACAGACUCUUUGGUGGUGGAUGCUGCAUAUGGACGAGCAGUACUCUAUGACUCUGGGCCGCCCUCUCGGUAUAAGCGGCAUGGGGGAUUGCCCUCCCCCACAUGAGUUGACGACUGAUCCGCAGAUGCUACGACUUGGCGAAUUCAUCAAUCAUUUCACUAUCCUUGCCAGGCAAAUUCUGAGCUGCGGUCAAAUGAGUCACGCUAAGAUCGACGAGUUUACCGAUCUCUUGAUUGGACUUCUGGACACCAUGCCUGAAAUGCUUCAAUUUGAGGAGUCGUGGUUGGAUCGAUCGAAGACGCUUCCGGAAUGGCCAUUGGGUGCCAUGGCUGCUGUAUACUACUGCAAGACGCACACCUACCUGAUUCUUCUGAAUCGUCAGCGCACGGACAAAAUGGGACGCCCCCAAACAGCGGCUUCAAAGCUCUACUCGUCUUUUCGGCCUGUCAAUAAGACAGUUACUUCGCAUCCUUCUCCUACCAUGUCAAUACCAAAUCAACCACGUGGUCGUCCGCUCGUGCUCCAGUCUUCAUCGGGAAUUCUCACGGCAUUUCUGUUCUUUUACUCACGUGCUCCAGCAUCGCUUGUCUCCUGGACCAUCAGCCAACAAGCCUUCAACGGCUCCAUGAUACUCCUUCUAGAUGCAUUGGAGACUGGAAACUUGUCACACGUGAGAAAAGUUGAACAAGCAUAUGCUGUCUUCAGAGAGUUGCAAGACAAUGGUGUCCACAGCCUUGCCGGAUUGGCCGUGGAAAAGUUGAGCUGGGGUCUAGACCAGUUGCGGAAGGACAUGGGCGGAGCUGGCGGAGUUCAGGUGUCGAAUCACAAGGGAUCAGCCAGUAUAGCCCAAGAUGGAGUGGUGAACACUGCGGAAGCUAUCCGCGAUACAGUAAUGGGGAACACGGGAAUGUUACUUCCGGAGGAAGCAGGCCUGCAGUCAUACACACAAGAACACUUCGAGCCCUUCUCUUGGGCCUCGGCAGGAGCUGAGAGUGAGGCUACGACUCCGGAUCGACCGAAGCAAGAGCAAGGACCGGAUUUCGGCUGUAGCUUCGACUCUUCGGGCCACAUGAAGCUGGAAAGCCCAAGUGCGAUUACGCCAAUUCCGAGAGAGCUACAUGGUAUUGCAGAGUCGCCCCAAAAAUCGGCAUCGAGACGAUGUUGUGCAUUGUCGCUACAGGAAUCUCACCAGGGACAGCUUUGUGUAACAGGCCUGGCCUCGACUAUGAGCCUUGCAGAGUCCGCACAUCGACCAAAUCGUGCUGACGGUAUCGAUGAGCAUUUUCUUCCACAUCGAAAACCGUUGCCUCACUUACAGCAGCCAAAUCCACGACGGAUCACACCUCCAAGAGCUUUCGUAAGCGCCCGGAGUCCGGAUUUACGUACACAUGGCAGUGGCAAUAUUCGACAGCCCGAGCAGUGGACGCAAUUUGUCCCAACAGCCAAGCAGCGGAUAUCAGCAGCACAAAUCAGACACAACUCGUGUCCAUCGCUGUACCACCUUGCAACGACCCCGCCUCUCGUACGCACAACAUACUCAUCGCCCCUUGGAAAUAAAGCGAAAAGUCCUGUAAGCAACGAGCAUUACGGGGUGCACACACAUUGGUCGGCGAAUCCAACGGCCCCAACGUUAUGCAACCCUAAACCAGGGUUGGCUAUCUCGCCCAUGUCCGACCAGGGCCAUGCCCUUCCAACUUUUCAUCACGGGAGCACUGGACAGCAGAUGGCGUAUCCAUACUCGUUUCUCGGCCCCGAAGGCGGCGAUAAAGAUGGAUGAAAUCACAGCACUAAGUGUGAGCAUAUAGCGGCAGAUCAAUGGAAGCCAUGGUAGGGCUGUGAGGCGCCCCAAUAACAUGUUCAUGCCACUUCCCAGCAUGCUAUUUUGGUACCUUGGAUGUUGCGUUUGUAUACAAGCAAUUCGCAUGCGUUAUCAUCGUGUCAGACACCACUGGGACUGAAGGCAAAACAAUAAACGUAGACAAAAGAUUUUACCCUGGGAGCAAAUCUAACGGUUCAACUCCCAACUGAUUCAAACUGCGUACAGCGACAUGCUAGAUUA